GUGAUGCCCGGCUCGUCCGCUCCUCGUGUGUGCCACGCCCCCUGAUUACCCAUGUGUGAUUCCCUAAUUGUCUCCUGCUGUGUCCGAUUAUUUUGAGUUAGUCAUGUCCUAUUUAUAUCCUGGUCUUGCCUGUUACCCUCGUUCGUCAUUGCUUGACUCUUGUGCGUUAGUUGGUCUCCCGUAGUUUCCAUGUUCCCAGUGUUCCUUUCCCUUAAUAAACCCCCGAUCUCCCCGAUCCUGCCGCGUCUGCCUGAUUUUUGGCCAACCGCCCGCACGAUCGCCUGUUCGUCCGAACCGGAUCGUGACAGAAUGACGAACCGAAAAAAGAAGAGGAAGCAGGGGAGAAAGAGGACCCCUGAGGAGUUCAUCAGUCUGGGUUCCUGCUCGCUCUCCCACCCGUGGACCCCUUUCGAGAGCGAGAAGGAGGAGCUACUCCAGAGCCCCGAGGACGAACCGCUCCGUUUCGGAGCUUGUUCUCUGGCCAGGUUCUGGGACUGCAGCGACGACGAGGAGGAGAGGCAAGUCCAAUUCCCGGACCUCAAGCCCUUGUCCCCGGAUCAGCCACCGCCCCUCGAGCGGUAUAAUUACCGGCCCGAGAGACUACAGCAUUGGGGAGGGAUUCGAGCGGUCAGAGACUCAGUCCCGCGUGUGCCCCGCUUCCCAAGGGAGGCAGGGAUCGUCUCUCCUUCAGCGGACUUACCAGUCCCGCCUGUAGAGGCAAAAGCCCCUGAGGAGCUCUCCUCGCCUCUGUUAGAAUGCAGAGAGCAGUUGGCACGCUCUCUGCAUUCCAGGCGACCGCCGCCUGCGCGGCUCGCGGCGCCCGCCCCCCUGCAACCUGCGCAGCCGGAGCAGUCCUCGCUACUGCCCGUGCAGACGGCGCAGCUUCCUCAGCCCGCGACACCUGCACAGGUGCCGCCGCUAGAUCCUGCGGCUACCGUGCUGGGGCUGUCGCCAGUACCCGCGGUUCAUGCGCUGGGACAGCCACCUCCGCUGCCUGCGCGACCGACGGGCCGUCCGACUCCAGCGGUUAAGCACCCGCCUGUGCUUAGGGCUCCCGCUGUCGAGUCGUCCUGUCUGCCUGCAGUUCCCGCGCCCACGUCUGGGGCGUUCCCGUCACCUGCAGCUUCUGUGCCCUCGCCUGAGUCUUCCUGUCUGCCUGCAGUUCCCGCGCACACGUCUGGGGUGUUCCUGCCAUCUGCGCUGCCGCCUGCGCAGCCGCCUGCGCAGCCAGCGCAGCCUCCUCUGCAGCCGCCUGCUGCAGCUCCCGGGCAGGCGCCCCCUCUGCAGCCGCCUGCUGCAGCUCCCGGGCAGGCGCCCCCUCUGCAGCCACCUGCUGCAGCUCCCGGGCAGGCGCCCCCUCUGCAGCCAGCUCCUGUUCCUGACCGCGCUCCAGUUCCUGACCGCGCUCCAGUUCCUGACCGCGCUCCAGUUCCUGACCUCGCUCCAGUUCCUGCAAAGGCGCCCCCACAGCAGCAACCUACAGCUCCCGGGCAGGCGCCCCCACUGCAGCCGCCUGCUGCAGCUCCCGGGCAGGCGCCCCCACUGCAGCCGCCUGCUGCAGCUCCCGGGCAGGCGCCCCCACUGCAGCCGCCUGCUGCAGCUCCCGGGCAGGCGCCCCCACUGCAGCCGCCUGCUGCAGCUCCCGGGCAGGCGCCCCCACUGCAGCCACCUGCAGCUCCUGUCCCUGACUGCGCUCCUGUCCCUGACUGCGCUCCUGUCCCUGACCGCCCUGCUGCAGCAGCUCCAGAGGCGCCCCCUCCGCCUGCAGCAGCUCCAGAGGCGCCCCCCUCCGCCUGCAGCAGCUCCAGAGGCGCCCCCUCCGCCUGCAGCAGCUCCAGAGGCGCCCCCUCCGCCUGCAGCAGCUCCAGAGGCGCCCCCUCCGCCUGCAGCAGCUCCAGUCCCUGUCCUAGUCCCCGAGGUGGUCCCGGACAACUCCAUCUUGGUUCCUCCCUCUUCGGAAGUGGAGGAGCUAGAAUGGGACCCCUCGGGGACAGAACUCGUAACCCCUUGUCCCUCGCCCCGGCGACAUCGACCCCGAACUAGGGUCGGCCUGUCUGUGUCCCGCAGGGGAAGGGGACACAGACGCAGGGCUGGGGUCCCGCCCGCCCUGCCCCCUGGCUCGCCCUCCCUCGCCUGCGCUCUGGCUCGGCUGGCGCCUGCGGGUCCUGGCCCUCCGGGUCGGCUGUCGCCUGCGGGUCCCUCUCCAGUGCCUCGUCGCCCCGCCUCGCUCCCCUCUCCAGAGCCUGGUCGGUCGCCUGCGGGCUCCCCGACGGCGGCUCCUCGGUUGCCUGCGGGGCCUCUACCUCCGGCCCUCCCCCGGACGUCGCCGC